GCAGUCCGAUCCAGCUAACCGCUACAGCUGCGGACAACUCCGCACAAACUGCGCCCGACUCUCCGGAACAUCCCGCUGGGCUGGAGGGGGGACGGUAACGCACCGGAAAGGGACCCAAAUGAACGAGCUGGUGAGGAGUCUGCCCUCCCCGACUCUUCCCGGGCUGCACCUGCCGUGCCUGGACACCCACAAGGGCUGGCUCUUUAAAUGGACCAACUACCUGAAAGGCUACCAGCGGCGGUGGUUCGUCCUCAGCAACGGCCUGCUGUCCUACUACAGGACCCAGGCGGAGAUGGCUCACACUUGCCGGGGCACCAUCCCCUUGUCAACAGCCCACAUCGAGGUGGGCGACACCUGUCACUUCGUGUUGACCAGCGGAGGCCGAAGCUACCACCUGAAGGCCACCUCGGAGGGCGAGUUUCAGAGGUGGGUGUCGGCCCUGCAGCAGGCCAAGGCCAACGCCACCCUGCUGAUGCAUCACUCAGACGACUCAGGAGAUGAAACCCCCGUCCCUCAGGAGGACCACGCCCUGACCCAAGGUGUGCUCAAGACCCUGGCCACCAAAUUGGAGGAUCUGGGCACCUGCAACGAGCUGAUCGGGAAGCACGGCGCCGCCCUCCAGCGCUCCCUCAGCGACCUGGAGGACCUGCGAGGAUCCGCGGACAGCACCGACCGAGUGAAGGCCGUCAACGAGCGAGCCACUCUCUUCCGCAUCACCUCUAAUGCUAUGAUCAAUGCUUGUCGUGACUUCCUGGACGUGGCAGAAUCUCACAACCGGAGGUGGCAGAAGACUCUGCACUAUGAGAGAGAGCAGCGUCACCACCUGGAGGAGACCAUCGAGCAGCUAGCCAAGCAGCACAACAGCCUGGAGAGAGCCUGGAGGGAGAAUCCCACCUCGUAUGCAGGUGUGGAGCGGGCUCAGGAGGGGGACGCGAGCGAUGAGAAUGAAGAGGCAGAGUUCUUCGAUGCCGUGGAGGACUCCCCUUCGUUCGUAACUGUGACUGCCACUGAACACAGGCGCUCUGGAAGUAAUCAGAGUAUGAUGAGUGGAGUAAUGCCUAAUGACUGGACCCACAACGAGAAUGACACCACAGGCACAAACCAGCUGCAGCUGCGAAGAACGAGACGCAGUCGUAUUCCUGACAAACCAAACUACUCCCUUAACCUGUGGAGCAUCAUGAAGAACUGUAUCGGCAAAGACCUGUCCAGGAUACCCAUGCCUGUAAACUUUAAUGAACCGUUGUCCAUGCUGCAACGUCUGACGGAGGAUCUGGAGUACAGCGAGCUCCUGGACCGGGCGGCCCGCUGCGACUCGUCUCUGGAGCAAAUGUGCCUGGUGGCUGCCUUCUCUGUCUCCUCCUACUCCACCACAGUCCAUCGAACCGCCAAGCCCUUCAACCCUCUGCUGGGGGAGACCUACGAGCUGGACCGGCUGGAUGAGUACGGCUAUCGCUCCAUCUCUGAGCAGGUCAGCCACCAUCCACCAGCUGCUGCCCACCACGUGACAUCGCAGCGAGGGUGGACUCUGUGGCAGCAUAUCACCAUCGACAGCAAGUUUCGGGGGAAAUACAUUUCAGUCAUGCCAUUAGGUAACAUCCACCUGCAGUUCCACUCCAGUGGAAACCAUUACGUGUGGAGCAAAGUGACGUCGACGGUACACAACAUCAUCGUAGGGAAGCUUUGGAUCGACCAGUCUGGAGACAUCGAUGUUGUGAACACAACUACAAAGGCCACCUGCCAUCUCAAAUUCUCCCCGUACAGCUACUUCUCCAGGGAAGUCCCGCGCAAAGUGACAGGAGUAGUAGAAGACAAAGAAGGCACAGAACACUACAUCCUCUCAGGAACGUGGGACGACAAAAUGGAGAGUGCAAAAAUAGUGAAAAGCAGCCAGGGAUGUUCAGGGUCUGAAGGCAAACAAAAGACCGUUUAUCAAACGCUUCAGCCCAAACUGCUGUGGAAGAAAUACCCUCUUCCAGAGAACGCAGAGAACAUGCACUUUUUCUCCUCCCUGGCGCUGACCUUGAACGAGCCGGAAGAAGGCGUCGCGCCCACCGACAGCCGCCUGCGGCCCGAUCAGCGGCUGAUGGAGGCAGGUCUUUGGGACGAAGCCAACAACGAGAAGCAGCGGUUAGAGGACCGCCAAAGAGUCGAGAGGAAACGGAGGGAAGCUCAAGCUAACCAGGCUCUGGAGGAGGGUGAGUACAGGGACUGCAGCAAGAAUGGUCAAGACAUUGAGGGUCAUCUGCCAGUGUGGUUUGAAAAGAGAACAGAUGAAACUACAGGAGAAAGCAUCUACGUCUACAGGGGCGGCUACUGGGAGGCCAAAGAAAGACAAGACUGGAGCCAGUGUCCCGAAAUCUUUUAAGAACCCGCCUGCGUGAGCUCAGACGUGCAUGUGUGAGAGACUUCUUUUCACACUGAUUUUCAAGCACAAAAUCUCCUGCCUCCACUUCCUGGUCGACUCGCUUCGUCUCAGUUUCAGCUGUGUUUCCAGGAUGCAUGGCUUCAGCUGGUGUGUGUGCUUUAACGCUGUGGAAAAAUCAUUUACAAACAUGGACACGUUUGUUGACUCCUUUUUUGUUAAAGAAAGGAACCCACACAAAGGUCACUGAGAGAACUCAAAAUUUAAAUUCAUACUUCUCAGAUUUGAAAGGUGCCUUCUCCACACUGCAUGUUUUCUCUCCGUCCACAGAUGUUUAACAGGAUUGAGAUCAGGGCUUGCAGAUGGCCACUUCAGAAUGGUCCAGUGUUUAGUUCUUAGCAACUCAUGGGUGUUUUAAGCUAGAUUUUGGGUCAUCGUCCUGUUGAAGAACCCAUGACCUGACUGAAACCAAGCUUUCUGAGUUGGCAGCACAUUUUUUUCCAGAAAGUCUUGAUAGUCUUGAGAUUUUAUUGCUCCCUGCAGAGGUUCAAGACAACCUGUACCAGAUGCAGCAAAGCAGAACAUAAACAAACCUCAUCCCCAUGUGUGUUUUUGGGUUGUGGGUUCAAAUGUGUCCACAUCCAACUGUGAGCAUUUCAAGUCCUGUGUCCCUGCGUGUGACUGAAAUGUGGUUUACAAGGAACUAUCCUUCUUACACCAAAACUCAUCUUACUGAGUCAACUUGGGAACGUGAAGUACUCUGGAUGUCUUUCUACAAGCACUGAGAGUCUUGUUUUCCUCAAAGUUGGGAUUAGCUGAUGUUUGUUUCGCGGCUUUGACAAAAACACCAGUGUUUGGAAGAAUGGGACAAAUCCGCCUUCUGUGCUUUAAAGUUUUCUCAGCAGUUCAUUUACUUUACAGUUUACUGUCCUUUUCCUUCACACACACACACACACACACACACACACACACACACACACACACAAAGGAUCCUGAAGAACGUUCUAAAUAAAACCUUAAUGUUUUAUUUCAGAUGGAUAACCAGCUGUGAAACUUGUAACAAUUGAAUUGAGGACUUUGUAAUGGAGUAGCACAACAGAAUCAACAUGAUGGGGACAUGAAGGACCAGUGGACUCUGGGGUAGUUUAUCUGCAUGACUCUCAAACUGAUUGAAGCUAAAUUUUGUGACCUGUUGUUGACACGCACAUAGACAAAAUUGUUGGUAUCCCUCAAUGACAGAAAAACUCUCAAUGGUCACAGAAUUGACUUGAAGCUGACAAAAGUAAUAAUAAAUAAAAAUGAACAAA